CGUUGACGCAAUGUUGACGCUCUCGGGCUUCCGUAGAAAUGUCAGGAGGGACUGUAGUGUAGCAUAACGUUGGUAGUGCAUUUUCUUACAUCCUUUUACGGCAGUGAAGUAAAACACCAAAAAACACCAUGACAGCUUCACCAGACAGCCGCUGCAUCUUUGAUUUGUGCUCAAAUGAAGACGCAUUUGGGCUGAAAGAGGUGAACUCCAUCCUGAAGGAGGCUGGAAACACUGACACAUCCGCAGACUGUCUGGAAGAUAAAAGUCCAGAGGAUGACAAACAAGGGGAGUCCAACCUGAUCAGAGAGGUGUCAGAAAAGAUGGUCUGCUCAGCCUGCAAAUGCAACUUUAUUAAUCGUGAGGAACAGACGGAGCACUACAAGCUCGACUGGCAUCGGUUCAACUUGAGGCAGAAGAUGGCAGGAUUACCGCCGCUCACAGCAGAGGAGUUUGAGAAGAAGACUGGAGCUGGAGACUUGUCGAGUAUCUCAGGCUCAGAGUCAGAUUCAGAGGAAGAAGACUCAGACAGUGGCGGCGGUGGAACGAGCAGUAACGUGACUGGCACAGAUAACGAGAGCUCACUUGAUACCGGUUUACUUACUGGCCGACUCUCCAGUAAGGUGAUUUUCCAGAACGCAGCAGGACACUAUGUAUCGGUCUACCGCUGCGUCCUGCAGGGAAAGUCAGAUGAUGAGCACGAUGCAGUAUCCUCACUGAAGGCUAUAAGUAAGAAGACUGUGUGGGUCAUUCUCAUGACAGGUGGAGGCCACUUUGCUGGUGCUGUAUUCGAAGGAAAACAAGUCCUGCAGCACAAGACUUUCCACAGAUACACGGUGCGAGCAAAACGAGGCACUGCUCAGGGACUCAGGGAUUCUCAGAACCGCAGUCACACUCCGAAGUCUGCAGGAGCUGCUCUGAGGCGACACAAUGAGGCAGCGCUAGUCAAGGACAUUCAGGAUCUUGUGGUACUCUGGGCGGAACACUUGAAAGAGGCCUCUGCAAUAUUUAUACGAGCCCCUAGCUACAACAAGACCAUCUUUUUUGGUGGUCGUGCUGCUCCCCUUGACAAAAAAGAUCCCAGGAUCCGCACCCUUCCCAUUGCCACACGCCGGGCAACAUUUCGAGAGGUCCAGAGGGUACAUGAGGUGCUUUCUACUGUUCAUGUGUACGGAAAAGACACAGACAUGUCUUCAGUCUUCAGUCCAUCUAAGAAGGCGUGGAAAAAAGCCGUCAAACCUACAGCACAAAUAUACACAGAUCAAGAGAAAGCAGAAGAAAACCACGAUAGCUCAGAUGAAGAAGAUAAGGGUGGGGAGAUCCAGCUGGAGAUGGUGGAGCUGAGAUUAGGAACUCUGGACCUCAGAGAGUCUGAAAUCUAUCCAUCCAGGCACAAGAGAAGGAGGAGGAGAAAGAAGGAGACAGCCAAAAUGCAAAAAGAAGAAUUAAGUAAUAGUGAGGCAGACAAUCAAGAAGAGUGUGUGCCAGAGACCACAGCAGCAGAAGAUACCCCUCAAGAAAUGCAAUCGAAGAACAAGAGGAAGAGAAAAGCACAGAGUAAGAAACAACAGGAUGACACUGUUGAUGAUGAGUCAUGUGAGUAUGGCUUGAGAGAUGCGCUCUUUACAGCCUGCAAAGUUGGGGAUGUGGACACUCUAUGUGGACUACUUCAGCUACCUGUAGAAAUGACAGAGUGUCGAGAGCAGUCGGAGAUCAAUCCCCCUGAUGCCUCGAGUCCUCUACUGCUCCUUAAUAAGCCCAUAGACUCUUCAGGGUUCACUUUGCUGCAUGUCGCCUCAGCAGCUGCACAGAAGGCAGUGGUCAGACUGCUGUUAGAUGCAGGAGCAGACCCAGCUUGCAGGGAUAACAAAGGGCAGACACCAUAUAUUGUUGCUCCUGACAAAGAGACGAGGAAUGUCUUUCGUAAAUACAUGGCUGAGAAUCCUGACAAAUAUGACUACAGAAAAGCACAGGUCCCUGGGCCAUUAACGGCAGAGAUUGAAUCCAAAAAGACAGAGAAGAAAAAGGCCCAAAAGGCCCAGAAAAAACUGCGAGAAAAAGAGCAGAAGGACGAGAAAAGGAAACAAGAGUUGGAGGCAGAGGAAAAGCAGAAGUUUGCAUCCCUGACUGAUCGAGAAAAGAGAGCUCUGGCAGCAGAGAGGAGGUUAGCAGAGCAAGUAGCCGCAACGGGGGUCAGCAUCUCUAAUGUAAAGAGGUGCUGGUUGUGUGGAGAGUCUCUGCUUGGAAAGAUCCCAUUUCAGUACCUGGAGUUUUCCUUCUGCACUCCUCGCUGUGUCCAAGCACAUCGAAAAGCAAACGCUCCUCCAGGCAAGACUUAACACCUAUGUGGAAACUUUAUAUUUCUAGAGGAGCUACCUUAUUAAAACUAUGUGGGAAUUUGUCUUUUUAAGACACUUAAGAUUUUGUAAAGCAAGUUUACACCUUCAUUAUGUUUCCUUUAUAUCUGUAAACACAUCACAAAUAAAAUUUAAUUUUGGCAAAUAGUCAUAGACAAGUAAACACAUACACUGUAUCAAAAUGUCAUGAAAUAAAUCUACAGUUUAUUUACAGUUUCAGCAAUUUUGAAAAAGGUAAAAUGAAAUGCAAUAAAAAAAAUUGUUAUAAUGUU